AUUCAGCUUCGGUUUCUUAUCAGUCAAGAUCAUUGAAAGACAGGCAAGGAACAGUAGCAGAUCUAGCAAGUGUUUUGGUUUAAACACUUCUAGACUUGGUAUUUUGACUAUAGUUUGUAUUUUCAUUGCAGGAUGAAGUUCCUUGUACUCGCUGCCACCUUGGUGGCUGUUGUCAGCUCUGCCAGCUUGUCAGUGGAAGAUCUGGAGUUUCACGCCUGGAAACUGAAGCACGGGAAGUUCUACAGCUCCCCUAUUGAGGAUGCCAGGCGAAAAGAGACUUGGAUGAACAACCGCAAGCACGUGAUUGUGCACAACAUGCUGGCAGACCAAGGCAUCAAGAGCUACAGACUGGGCAUGACCUUCUUCGCUGAUAUGGACAAUGUUGAGUACAGAAGCGUAGCGUUCCGAGGCUGCCUCGGACACUUCAACACCACCAAGGCCCGGCGAGGCUCCACCUUCCUGCGGCAGCUAGGGGGCGCUGCUCUGCCCAGCUCUGUUGACUGGCGAGACAAGGGCUACGUCACUGAUGUCAAGGACCAGAAGUUCUGUGGGUCCUGCUGGGCGUUCAGCGCAACAGGCUCCCUGGAAGGACAGACUUUCAGGAAGACUCAGAAGCUGGUGUCCCUGAGCGAGCAGCAGCUGGUGGACUGCUCUGGAGACUAUGGGAACAUGGGCUGUGGAGGCGGG